AUGACCACCCCCUCCCUGCACCCGUCCGCAGUCUUCAACCAGUGCGUCGAGACCGUCGAGUACCUCAAGAUCAAAGUGCCCGAAGCGCUGGUACGGCCGCGGGUGGCUGUGGUGUGUGGGAGUGGGCUUGGCGGGUUGGUGGGGUGUUUGGAUGAGGGGGGUUUGAGGUGGGAGGGGAAGUAUGAGGAACUGCCGAAUUGGCCGUUGAGUACUGUACCUGGCCACGAAGGCAAGCUCAUCUUCGGCACGAUGGGUCGCCAACAAGUCCCAGUAGUCCUACUUGUCGGCCGAGCCCAUUUCUACGAAGGCCACGAAAUGUCGACUGUCACAUAUGCUACCCGCGUCUGCCGGCUACUCGGCGUCCAAACUAUGAUCCUCACCAACGCCGCCGGCGGUCUCAACCCCGAUUACGCUGUGGGAGACAUCGUCUGCCUGAACGACCACCUGAACCUCGCUGGCUUAGUCGGAUUCCACCCACUGCGAGGCCCGAAUGCUGAGGACUUCGGGACACGCUUCCCGCCUCUCAGCGAUGCGUACGACAUCUCGCUCCGGCAGCUCGCACACAAGUCAUGGCGGGACCUGAGAGCAGACGCGCCGAGUCGAAGACGGAUGCACGAGGGAGUAUAUGCGUUCGUGGCGGGCCCAAGCUAUGAGACACGCGCCGAAUGUCGGAUGCUAAGGAGUUUCGGAGCGGACGUGGUGGGAAUGUCGACAGUACCAGAGAUCAUCGUCGCCAGACACUCAGACAUGCGGGUGCUGGCGUUCAGCUUGGUGACGAACAAUGCUGUGCUGGAGCCCACAGUGAGAGCAGACGAGCCAGAGCUGCAAGGCAUGAGUCGAGACGAGCUGGAUGCGUAUCUCAGCAAAGGUCGUGCGAACCAUGAGGAGGUGCUCGAGUCCGGACGGCAGGCGGCUGUGGAUAUGCAGGGAUUGGUGCUGCGCAUCGUCUCUGAGCUGUGA